CGGACCCCUAUGCCGUCGUCACCGCGGGAAUUUUUCGCGCGCAUUUAUGGGCACCUGGAAGAGCCGAAGGAGCAAGGUGGUGCGGUUGGCAGCAAUGGCAGCGAGUCUGGUUCGGACGUAGAAGUCGGCAGCGACGGGGGCUCGGCGAGCUCGAUGUGGCCGGCGCCGCUGCCGCUGUGUCCGCGCCCGCUGCUUCUGCCACAUCAGCAGCUAGCUUUCGGCGCUGGAUUGGCUGCUUUUUUGGCCCGUCGACGGCGGAAGGAAAGUCGGCCGCGGCGGCAGAGGACCACCUUCUCCGCCCACCAGACCCUCAGGCUCGAGCUGGAGUACGCGAGGGGCGAAUACGUCGCCAGGGCACGGAGGUGUGAACUUGCAACGGCAUUGUCUUUGAGCGAGACACAAGUUAAAAUUUGGUUUCAAAACAGAAGAGCUAAAGACAAAAGAAUCGAAAAGGCUCAUCUAGAUCAACAAUACAGACAACUCGCAGCGGCUUCAGGCAUGUUCCCUGCGGUCCUGCCCUCCUACUGCCCGCCGCCUUGCCCGUGCCUGCCGCCACAACAAACCACGCAACCCCUUCAUAAGUAGUUUGUAAAUAU